ACCCCUAUGAAAAAGAAAGAUUAUACAAAUGAUUAAACUUAAUAUACUUCCGGUUAUCCUAGAAAAUGAAUUUGAACGAUUGGCGCGACGGAAGGAUGUGAAUGCGCUUGCGCAAAAGCGCAAUGGUGUCCAACGGUGGCGCCAGCUGACAGCGGAGGAAAACGGAAUCGCACGAGACCGGCCGAAGUUCUCAGUCGCGGUCGCCAUUUUGUCGGGUAGUCAUCGGGUUCGUCGUGUUUCUCUCGGCUGCUGUGUUUUUGGUGGACGUAACCGCCGAAAAAUUUGGGGCACAGCAGACUCGGCCGUUUUCACCCCAAAUGGCUUGCUUGAACACGUUAAAGCAGGAGAUAAAAACCCUCGAGUCCGUCUUCCCAAAGAGCCAUGAGAGAUUUCAAAUAAUGUCUGCGAGCGUGGACGAGCUCAGCUGCAGGUUCGUCGGUAAAAAUGGGAAGAAAUACGAAAUACACGCCAAUAUAACAGAAACGUAUCCCUCCACACCACCAGUAUGGUUCGCAGAAUCAGAAGAGACCAGUGUCACCAAUGCAGUACAGAUUUUAAGCAACACCACUGGUCGCGACAACCAUGUAAUCAAUCAAGUUGGAAUCCUCCUUAAAGAAUUAUGUCGGCUUCAUUCUUUACCAGAACCACCAGACGUGGAACGACUAAGAACAGCAUUGGACCCAUUAAGAUUAGGUGGAGCUAAUGAAGCUAUGGCGCAAAGAAUGGAAGCUGAAGAUACUGAAGAUAUUGACGAAGAUGAAGAAAGCGAAGCGGAAGAAGAUCUUCAUUUAGAUAUGGAUGAAGGUGACGCGAAUUCAAAGACCAAGGGGGAAGAAAUGGAUUUAGAGCACCUUGCGACGCUAGAAAGGUUGAGACAGAAUCAGAGACAAGAUUACUUAAAGGGAUCUGUUUGUGGAAGCGUACAAGCAACAGACAGGCUAAUGAAAGAACUGAGAGACAUUUACCGAAGUGACAGCUUUAAGAAAGGAAUGUACAGCAUAGAAUUAGUAAAUGACAGUUUAUACGAAUGGAACAUUAGGUUGAUGUGUGUUGAUCCUGAUUCGCCUCUCCAUAGCGAUCUCAUUCUUCUUAAAGAAAAGGAAGGCAAAGACAGUAUUCUUCUUAACAUGCUUUUUAAGGAAACUUAUCCAUUCGAACCACCGUUUGUAAGAGUCGUACAUCCCAUCAUAUCGGGUGGAUACGUCCUCGUAGGUGGUGCUAUUUGUAUGGAACUUCUUACGAAACAGGGCUGGAGUUCGGCGUAUACGGUAGAAGCGGUAAUAAUGCAAAUUUCUGCGACGCUGGUAAAAGGAAAAGCACGCAUACAGUUUCAAGGCUCAGGCGGUGCUGGUAAAGUGUGCGGUGGACAAGGGCAAUACAGUUUGGCUCGCGCGCAACAAUCGUUUAAAUCGCUCGUACAAAUACAUGAAAAGAAUGGUUGGUUUACUCCACCGAAGGAGGAUGGCUAAUGAAUAAAUAUUAUUGAGGAGCAAAAUAUGACGCGUGCUUACAGCUGAGACUUUAAUUCGGUGUGUGCCCAACAAAUAAUUGUUACGAUAAUGAUUUGAUACACAAACACAUUACCUAGGUAACUUAAGAUACUGAAUUAAUCUAACGCAUAAUUCCUUUGAUGGCUGAGAAAAGGCUGCCGCGCAAACGGUGACAUGUUUGGUUUUGUAUGCAUAGAUUUUUCAGUAAUUAGGCAUUUAGAGAUCGUAUAUGAUCGCUUUGACGAAUGUGAUUUAUACGAUCUUUUAUCUCUCAUCUGGAAUUUAUAAUCAUUCUUUAAAAAUGCCAAUUGAUCUUCGAAAGAAACGAGAUAAUCCUUAGUUUUCGUUGAUAAUUCUAUACCAUACCAUACCAUACCAUACCAUACCAUACCAUACCAUACCAUACCAUACUAUACCGUACCGUACCGUACCGUACCGUACCGUACCGUACCGUACUGUACUAUACUAUACUGUACUGUACUGUAACGUAUUGUACUGUAACGUAUCGUACUCUACCGUACCGUACUGUACCGUACUAUAUCGUACCGAACCGUACCGUACCGUACCGUACUUUACUGUAUCGUACCAUACCGUACUUUACCGUACCGUAUCGUACCGUACCGUACCGUACCGUACUGUACUGUAUCGUACAGUACCGUACCGUACCGUACCGUACCGUACUGUACCGUACCGUACCGUACCGUACCGUACCAUACCGUAUCGUACCGUACCGUACCGUACCGUACCGUACCGUACCGCACCGCACCGCACCGCACCGCACCGCACCGCACCGUACCGUACCGUACCGUACCGUAUCGUACCGUGUCGUAUCGUGUCGUAUCGUAUCGUAUCGUAUCGUAUCGUAUCGUAUCGUAUCGUAUCGUAUCGUACCGUACCAUAACAUAACAUAACAUAACAUAACAUAACAUAACAUAACAUAGCAUAGCAUACCAUACCAUACCAUACCAUACCAUACCAUACCAUACCAUACCAUACCAUACCAUACCAUACCAUACCAUACCAUACCAUACCUUACACACACACACACACACACACACACACACACAAUAAAUAAAUAAAUAAAUACAUACAUAAUACAUAUAUCAUACAUACAUACAUACAUACAUGCAUACAUACAUACAUACAUACAUACAUACAUACAUACAUACAUACAUACAUACAUACAAACAUACGUACGUACAUACAUACAUACAUACAUACAUACAUACAUACAUACAUACAUACAUACAUACAUACAUACAUACAUACAUACAUACAUACAUACAUACAUACAUACAUACAUACAUACAUACAUACAUACAUACAUACAUACAUACAUCAUACAUACAUACAUCAUACAUACAUACAUCAUACAUACAUACAUCAUACAUACAUACAUACAUACAUACAUACGAACAUAGUGCGUGCGUACGAGAAUAGUAUGUAAACAUUCUGUGAGAUGUGUUUACGCGUUGUGCUUCCUGUCUUCAUAAAAAGAGAGAGAAAGAGAGAGUGUAUGAAUGGGAGUGGAGGGGAGUAGCAGUUAGGAGAGGGUAGGAACGCAACACAAUGAUCAUCGCUCUAAUUAUAUUAAGAAGUUUUCUAAUAUCUUUUUAUCAUUGGGAUCGUUUGUUAACUACAUUAAUCGUGCAAUUCAUUAGGAAAAUCGUUCAUGCGCAAGUCUACGUAUUUCUUUUUUUUUUCUUUAAAAAGAAGAAAAAAUAACAAUAAAAAUUAUUAAAAAAAUAAACGAAGAGCAAGAGAGAGAGAGAGAGGGAGAGAAAGAGAGCGAGCAAGAGUGAGAGAGAGAGAGAGAGAGUGAGAGUGAGUGAGUGAGUGAGUGAGUGAGUGAGUGAGUGAGUGAGUGAGUGAAUGAGUGAGUGAGUGAGAGAGAGAGAGAGAGAGAGAGAGAGAGAGAGAGAGAGAGAGAGAGAGAGAGAGAGAGAGAGAGAGAGAGUGGAAGAGUGAAAGAGUGUGGUGGUGAUCUUUGUUGGAGUAAGAAGAGUGAUAUAAUGUAUCACAGUAAAAUUGUGCAUAUUGUUUCAAGUUUGAGGCGAAUUUUCCUUUGAUUUACAUUUUGUUACGCUUGAUAAUUUAAGUUGUUACAUCAUGAUGACGAACGAGAAGGACACACAAACACACAACCAAAUAGAGAUUAAUUUGACUAUAAGAAAUUUGAAAAAUCAUCGGAUUCGUGGAGAUAGUUCCACAGGAAAAUAGAAUUCGAGAUUGAUUGAAGUAACGAUUGAUAAGAAACUUUAUAUAAAUAAUAAAUGAUAAUAAUGAUGAUAGUAAUAACAACAAUAACAAAAAUACUUUUUCUUUUUCGAUUAAGUGAGCGUUUUUCACUGAGUGUAUUCUUUUCUUCUUCCUUUUCUUUUUCUUUUUAUUUUCUAUUGUUAUCUUUAUUUUUCUUUUCUUUUUUUCUUUACUUUUUCCUAUUGUUGGUUUUCUUUUUUAUCAUAUAAAGAACGAAACACGAAAAGGAGGCGUCGACGUCGAUAGAUUUUUCAUCGGAAAGAUCCAAAAUAUAUAUAUAUACAUAUAUUUUUACAUCUCUCGUAUUAGCCGAUUAGGCGACAGAUUAUAAGACUUUGAAAAAAAUAGCGAUCGUACGUGUUAGUGCAAUUGAUGUCGAUACGUUUAGAUAGAAUUAUAUUAGGAGUAUGAAACAUACGGCAUAAUAAUAAUAAUAAUAAUAAUAAUAAAAUAAUAUUAAUAAUAUUAAUAAUAAUAAUAAUAUAAUAAUAAUAUAAUAUAAUAAUAAUAAUAAUAAUAAUAAUAAUAAUAAUAAUAAUAAUAAUAAUAAUAGUAAUAUCCCUCUCGCUCCUUCAUUUCAGAAAAAAAAUUGCCAAAGUUUACGUUUAGAUCUCUUUAAUCGCCUAAACAUUGUCCGUUUUUUUGUUUUUUAUUAAAUUACAUAACUUAUUUCUCUUACAUUGUUUGACGUACAAUCGAAAUGAGUAUGUAACAAAUUUUAUAUAGUUGUAUAUGUAUAUAUAUAAUAUAUAUAUUCGGUUGUGUAAAACUGUUUGUGUUACUUUCCUUAUAAGGGAUUGCUCUUUAAAAUCUUUUACUUUUCUAAUUCUCUUUUUUGUUUCUUUUUUCUUUCGAAUGAAGUACUGCUAAAAAUUAAAAGAAAAAAAAAAAAGAUAAAUAAAAACAAUAGAAACAAGAAAUUUGGUUGUGUGUAAAACGUUUGAUAUUGUCCACUUUUUGUUACUUUCUCUACGUUUUGAGAAAGAAAGCAUUCAUUGUGUAUAAUGAUGCGCCAUUACGUUAUAUAGUUCGUCGUAUAAUAACGCCAAGGCUUUGAUGCCAUUCUCAAGCGUUUAAUAGUAUAUUUUAUGUGAAUGUAUAUAUAUGUGUGUGUAUAUAUAUAUAUAUAUAUGUAUGUAUGAUAUGUGUGUGUAUAUAUAUACACACAUAGAUUAUAUGAUCGUAUAUGAGCCGGUGAUUAUGAGAGUGUCGUUUAAGUAAACAAUUUCGAAAAAUUAGUUUAUUGCAUAAUUUGUAGGGCAAUUACUUAAUAAUAUGAAUUAUGCAAUAAAUUAAUUGUUAAAAAUUUUUGACUAUAUAUACACACACACUCAACAAUAUAUAUAUAUAUAUAUCGUGAUUUUUUGACCAUAAAUUAAAUAACGCAUUGAAAGAGAGGGAGUGAGAGAGAGAGAGAGAGAGAGAGAGAGAGAGAGAGAGAGAGAGAGAGAGAAUCUUUGUUGAUCAAAACGUUGGUAGAGUUCAGUUGCGGUGUAGUCAAAUUUAUAUUAUAUCUUUACUUGAAAUGGAAGAAAGAGAAGAAGGAAAGUAAUCGGAUAAAAAGGAGAAAAAAAGAAAGAAAAGAAAAGAAAAGAAAAAAAGUUAUAAACAAAGGAACAAACGUGCGUUAUAAGUCAUUAUGUCUAAAGCUCAUAUCAUUGUAAACUCAUUUCUCUUACAUUAUUUCAUUCGUUUUUAAUAAGUGCUGACUGACGUUAGUGUAAUAAUUCUCGAUGCACUUUCUAAACAUAGCGCGAUAGAAUUUAUAAUAGCAAACAACAACAACAACGUCAUCAUAUCCUUUCUCUCGAGAGAAGAAUAUCAAUUUUCAUACAUACCACAUUGCACUUUAAAAACGAAGAAUAAAAUGACGCCGGAUAUACAUAUAACUUAUAUGUAUAUACACACACACAUAUAUAUAUAUAUAUACAGCGUCGUAUCAUUUUAAGAUACACAAAUAUGCAUACGUUCAUCAAACAAAUCUUUCUUUUGUCACCGUUUAUAGUCGCAUCGAUGCAGUUAAGAAAAUACAAAUGUCGCUUGCAAGUUAUUUUUGCAAGUUGUUUCGUACAUACAUAUUAUAUACGCAUACACAUACACACACACGUACACGUACACGAAUACAUGCGUAAAAUAAAAAAGGAAAAAAAAAAUAUCGAAUACGCAAGAAAAGGUAUAUUCUAAACCGUGUAUAUAUACACACAGAUAUACAGACACACUGAGAAAAAAAUCACGUAUUAACAUAGAGAGACACGAAGAUUCUCUUUCGUACGUACAUAUGUUUCAUCUUCGUAUUCUGCUGCUCGCAGUGAAUUGCUUCGUUUCACACAUUUUUUACGCGCCAAAGCGGAGUGUCUUUUUGCGAAAAGAAUGAUAGAUAGAAAGAAUGAAAGAAUAAAAUGUGAAUGAGACGAGGAAAGGAAAGUUAGGAAGAGAAGAUGGAAGAGGAGGAGAAGAAGAAGGAGGAGGGGUGUAAUUAAAAAUGGAAUCACGUAAGACGGAUUUAUAACAAUUAAUUAUCAUUGCGACGAAGGCUUACGAACGAGAGAGAGAGAGAAAGAGAGAGAGAGAGAGAGAGAGAGAGAGAGUGAGAGAGAGCGAGAGAGAGAGAGACAGAGAGAGACGGAAAAGAAGACUUCUUAUCGAUCUAUUUACGAUCUAUCGUAUUGAAGAAGACAUUUUUUUCUUUUUCUCUUUUUUUUUUCGGGAUUAUUGCGACGAUCUUUUCGACAAUUAUUAUUGAUCACUUUUGUCUCGACGUUAAUGAUAUACAUAUACAUAUUGUAAACACACAUAUACGGCGACAACGAUCUAUUCGAGCAAAGUGUGUAGCGAAUGGGACUCCCGAUAAAAUUAUGCGCUCGUUAAUUGUAAUUAUAUUGCCGGAAGAAAGAAAAGAAGGAUAGAAGAAAGAAAGAAAGAAAGAAAGAAAGAAAAAAGAAAGAAAGAAAGACAGAAAGAAAGAAAGGUAGAUAGAUAGAUAGAUAGAUAGAUAGAUAGAGAGAUCGAGAUAGAUAGAAGCGUCUCAUUCGAAAGUAUUUGUGCGAUAUAUGAAAAAUGAUUGAGGAAAAAAAAAAGCUUCAGAAAAAAGGAAAAGGAUCAUUGUGAUGGGAGAGGUGAGGUGUGGGUAGGAGAAGUACGGUGGGAGAAGGGAUCGGUAGCGAUGUAAAGAAGAAAAAAAUCAUGUUGUGUCACGAGGUACGAGGAAAAAAAAUGUUUUCUAGCUUUUUAAGUGUAGAUCUUAUAUAGAAACGCGAUUCUCGGACUCACACAUUGUUAUCAUCUCUCAACGGGGCCCAACGAUAAUGAUUUGUACAGCCGUGCCCCGAGAGAUUAAACAUAUUUGAGUUAUCAUAUCGAUUGUUCGACGUCGUUAAGAAAUAUCGUGUUAUGUUUCGUAAUUUUUCUCGAAAGCUUCUCUUUCUUCUUCUUCUUCUUCUUCUUCUUCUUCUUCUUCUUCUUUUUCUUCUUCUUCUUCUCUUCCUCCUCCAUCUUCUUUUUGAUCACUAUAUUUUGUCUACAGUUCUAUGUUUAUUUCUUUGUUACUACUUUUUCUUCCUCUCUAUCUUCUUCAUUUCUUCUUCUUCUUUUUCUUCUUCUUCAUCAUCAUCUUCUUUUUCUUCGACGACUUUCUAUCUGCUUUACUCCGAUCGUUUAUUUUCUUUUUCUUAUUUUGCUUUUCUUCUCUUUCUUUCUUUCUUUUUUUUUUUUUUAAGUAUUUUUCCCCUUUCUCUUUUAUCUCUUUCCGUCCCCCACAUCUUCCUUUCUCUUUUAUCCUUUCGAUAUUAUAAUUCGCUAAGAAGAAGAGGAGUACCACGACGGGAAAGGAAAAGAAAAACAAAGCGAAGUGUGUAACGCAUACUUUCUAUAUUUUUGCUACUAAUAUCGAGGGCAUUAUAUUUUUUAUUGAAAAUAAAUCGGAGAUAUAUUGUCGUGAUCUUUGCGUUGUCCAGAGGGAGAACGGAAGGUGGGAGGGUAUGAGGGGUUGGGUGGGUGGUGAGAGGGUGGUGGUGGGCGGGAAGACGUGCUGGAGAAAAGGAUAAGGAAGACUUAGGGUAGAGUGAGACAACGAUGAUUAAAAAAAUGCUGCUUGUGUUUUUUUGUGAAGAAGAGAAAGAGGGAGAGAAUGAGAGUGAGAGUGAGAGAAUGUGUGUGUGUGAAUGAGAGAGAGAGUGAGAGAGAGAGAGAGGGAGAGAGAGAGAGAAAGAGAAGAAAGAUAACGCAGAGUGAGACGAAUCGUUCUUCGAUAUUCGUGUUCGGUUUAAUAUUUAUGGUACAAAAUAUCGAACGUCAUAAUGAUCUUAUAUUAAACGUAACGAAGCGAGGAUUAUCAUUAGUGAAAAACGCGGUCGAAAAAAAUAUGUUAGGCUACUAUACGUCUUAUUUCCAAUGUGUCUAAGAUAAUUGUAUACGCACUUUGUGUACAGACUGUAUAAAGUGAUUUUUCAAGUAAAGGUCCAUAAAAACGUU